CCUUGAAUUCGCCGCCACCAUGAUGUUGCUAUAUUUAGAACAUUGGGAACAUGGCUGCCAUUGGGUUGAAGACUGGGUUGGCGACAGCAGCAACUGGGUUGAUCAUGGGGUUAGCCAUGGGAUUGAUCAUGGGGUUAAGCAUUGGAGGUACAAAUGGCAUGAUUGGAAAAGCUGACAUAGCUACGAUUAAACAGAACAUAACGACAACAAUUUUCAUCAUUUUGGUAGAUUUUUUUUUAUCUGAAAUGAGAAGAUGCUUAUAUGAUAAUAUAUCACCAAGUGCAAACAAUUGGAGGGUUAUAGCCAAGAAGUAUAAUUUAAAGAUCCAAAAAAAAUCUACCAAAAUGAUGAAAAUUGUUAUCGUUAUGUUCUGUUUAAUCGUAGCUAUGUCAGCUUUUCCAAUCAUGCCAUUUGUACCUCCAAUGCUUAACCCCAUAAUCAAUCCCAUGGCUAACCCCAUGAUCAACCCAGUUGCUGCUGUCGCCAACCCAGUCUUCAACCCAAUUAUGAGAAUGGGAAUGGGAAUGAUGUUCUAAAUUUAGUAACAAAAUAGUGUCGGCUACUGUCAAGAAAGUUUAUUUUGAAUUCAAUCAACAGAGAAAUAUAUUUACAGAGAUCAUCUAGUUAUUUUCAAAUAAAAUUCUAUUUUUUAUUAACUUUCUUCACAGAUACACAGUCAUACCUGUUACCAAAAAAAAAUCUACCAAAAUGAUGAAAAUUGUUAUCGUUAUGUCCUGUUUAAUCGUAGCUAUAUCAGCUUUUCCAAUCAUGCCAUUUGUACCUCCAAUGCUUAACCCCAUGAUCAAUCCCAUGGCUAACCCCAUGAUCAACCCAGUUGCUGCUGUCGCCAACCCAGUCUUCAACCCAAUUAUGAGAAUGGGAAUGGGAAUGAUGUUCUAAAUUUAGUAACAAAAUGGUGGCGGCUACUGUCAAGGAAGUUUAUUUUGAAUUCAAUCAACAGAGAAAUAUAUUUACAGAGAUCAUCUAGUUAUUUUAAAUAAAAUUCUAUUUUUUAUAACUUUA